AAAGUGUCACCGCGCACACGUGGGCCCAGGUUCCACACUCAAAUCGUCAUAAUGCCGAGAAUUGACCAAUGAGAAAGAAGAGAGGACCGGAAGCAUUCUCCCAGCCUGAACCAUGCCGCAGAACUGUGAGCAAAAUCCUCAACCCCGAGCAGCUAGCGUGACGGGGAUGCUAGAAGAUAAAUGCUUUCAGACAGAAAUCACAAAACAAACUUCAUGUGCAGAUAGUGACUAAAUUAACCAAGAUUUGAAUAACCAUUGAGGGAUAAAUGCCCAUUUGUUCUGUCUGCAGCAAAGGUUUUAAAUAUUAAUUUGACUGAGACAUAUCCUACCACUCCCGAGUAACAGUCUUCCAAUGAACUGACUCUGGCAAAAAAAAACUUUAACAUGUGACACAGCCUGAAAAACCAUUACACCAUUCACAGCAGGGAGACACCAAUACCUGUGCUCUGUGCUCUGUGUGGGUAAGGCUUCAGCUGAUCGUUGAACACUCAGAGACACAACAACACCCAUAACAUGGAGAAACCAUGGAAGUGUGACGACUGUGGGAAGGGAUUCCAUUCACUGUCAACACUGGAAUUUCAUCGACGUGGUCACAGCAGGGAGAGGCCGUUGACCUGCUCGGAAUGUGGGAAGGAAUUCCCUGAUUCAUCUGCCCUACAAAAACAUCAGCGUACUGCCACUGGAGAGAGACCGUUUGCCUGUUCCGAGUGUGGGAAGAAAUUCAGGGAAUAUUUCACCUUGUUGAGACACCAGCGAGCUCACACUGGGGAGAACCCAUCCGCCUGCUCAGAGUGUGGGAAGGUAUUCACUCAGUUGUCGGGUUUGCGUGCACACCAGCGAGUUCACACUGGGGAGAGACCAUUUAGCUGCUCUGAUUGUGGAAAGGAAUUCACUCAGUCAUCACACCUGAGGAAGCAUGAGCAAAUUCACACUGGGGAGAGACCAUUCAAGUGCUCCAACUGUGGGAAACGAUUCAGACAGUCAUCUGCCCUACAUGUACACCAGCGAGUGCAUACUGGGGAGAAGCCAUUUAUCUGUUCUGAGUGUGGGAAACAAUUCACUCAGUCAUCACAUCUGCAGAAACACAAGCAACUUCACAAGUGAAUACCACCUUCUCAAGGAGGACAAUUCGGAAUGGGAAGUAAAUUCUGACACAGACAUUGAUGCUAUAUCCCAUGAACAGAUGUAAAAAUGAGAGCAAAUCACAUCCAAGGCUGAGCCAUGUUCAUUUGGACAGUGGGUUUCUUUCUGCUGCACUGGCCGCUCUCACCACUUUGCCUCCAGUAAGGCUGAUGCUUUUCGAGCCUGGGACUGCACGUAACUACUUUAACGAUCCCCAAAAGUUGACAAACGAUAUUUA